AUGCCUUCUAUGUCCAAGUUCGCGCGGAAGUCCGUGCUCGGUCUGUCUAUGUUGGCAGCCUUGGUGCAAGCCACAGCCGCAGCCAACCUUAAUUUUGACUACGGAGCCGAGAAGGUCCGUGGUGUCAACCUCGGUGGUUGGCUUGUGCUAGAGCCUUGGAUUACUCCUUCUAUUUUUGACGCAGCUGGUGAUGCCGCCGUUGACGAGUGGUCUCUCUGUGCAGCUUUGGGUCAGGACCAAUGUCGUAGUGUCCUGGCGCAGCACUGGAGCAGCUUCAUUACUGCCGAUGAUCUCAACCAAAUCGCCGCAGCUGGAAUGAACCACGUCAGAAUUCCUGUUGGAUACUGGGCUGUUCAGCACCUUGAUGGUGAUCAAUAUGUUGAUGGUCAGCUUGAGUUCCUUGACCAAGCCAUCGGCUGGGCUCGCGGGGCUGGCCUCAAGGUCAUCGUUGACCUUCACGGUGUUCCCGGUUCCCAAAACGGCUUUGACAACAGUGGAAAGCGUGGCGCAAUCAACUGGCAAAAGGACAACACUGUCGACAUCAGUAAGUCGGUGCUGAAAGCCCUUGCUGCUCGCUAUGCAGGUGAUGGAGAUGUUGUCACUGCCAUCGAGGCUGUGAACGAGCCCAACAUCCCCGGCGGCGUGAACCAGGACGGUCUCAAGCAGUUCUACUACGACUCAUGGGGUGUUCUCCGUGAGUCCAGCCAAGACACCACCAUCGUCUUGCACGAUGGCUUCGUGCCUACCGAGUCAUGGAACGGUUUCAUGAGCGCGGAUUCCGGUGUCUGGUUUGUGAUGAUGGACACCCACCACUACGAGGUCUUUGACAGCGGCCUGCUCGCCAUGGACGUCAACUCCCACGUCAACAACGUCUGCAGUUUCACCGGCCAGCAUGUCCAAACCUCUGAUAAGUGGACUGUCGUCGGUGAAUGGACUGGUGCCAUGACCGAUUGCGCCAAGUAUCUUAAUGGAAAGGGCGUCGGUUCUCGCUACGAUGGCUCCUUCCCUGGUACCACGAAGAUUGGUGACUGUGCUGGCAAGUCUACUGGAUCUGUGGAUGCCUUGUCUGAGGACGACCGUACCAACCUUCGUCGCUUUAUCGAGGGUCAACUUGAUGCUUAUGAGAAGGGUACUGGCUGGCUGUACUGGACCUGGAAGACUGAGGGUGCUCCUGAGUGGGAUAUGAAGCAGCAGAUUGCUGGUGGCGUGUUCCCCAACCCUGUCACCGACCGACAAUUUCCCAGCCAGUGCUAA